ACACCCAACAUCACAGCAAUAACGGGACAGUGUUCGGACAUCAAUGAGUGUUUAGAGCAAGAUGAUUGCGGCACAAACGCAAACUGCUCCAAUCAUCAGGGCGGCUACAGCUGCAAAUGUCACCAGGGUUACAGUAACUAUGGAAACAACCAGUCAAAAUGCAUCGAGAUGAGCUGCGACCACUUUGAUUCUGACGCGGAGGACGCACCUCUAAAGUUGAAGAAUUUACUGGCGCUGUUGAGGAGCAACUGUGAGUCUCUGCGUGGCCCAAACGGCGGCCGUCAGACGGGAGAGCAGUUACUGGAGAAUGUGUUCACUUCCUUUGACGAGCUGCUGUCGGAAGGAAACAUCGCUGACGGGAAGAUGCUGAAUCAGUUUCUGGACGUGGUGGAGAACAGCAUGCGUCUGAUUGGACCUCAGCUGAAAGAGCCUGUGACCAGGAUGGAGACGCACAACACCUUUGCUGAGCUUGCAGUCAUGCGGGGUAAGACUCCGCCCAGUGGGCGUGUCACUCUGAGCACAGACUCCGCCCUCUUCAGCACCAGCUGGGAAACAGUUGUAGGGAAAUCAUAUCCAGGUUUUGCGUUUGUGGCUCUGGUCAGUUAUAAAGAUCUGAACUCAUCCAGAGAUCUGCUUCACAAGAUGAGCAGAGAGAGAUCAGAUGAUGAAGAGAGACGCGUCACUUAUCAACUCAACUCUAAAGUGGUGACGGCCGUCGUCAGUAAUGCAGAAACCAAGCAGCAGUCAGAGCCGGUGACGCUCGUCUUUACACACGAGGAGGAGAGGGCGGAGUCUGAGGGCAUGGCUUACUCCUGUGUGUACUGGGAUGGGGCUAAGGGGGCGUGGUCUGGGCGGGGCUGUGAGAAGGCGGAGUCUAACAGCACUCAUACAGUGUGCUCCUGCUCUCAUCUCAGUAGUUUCGCUGUGCUCAUGGCUCUCUAUCCUGUCCAGGACUCGUUUGAUUUGGUGUUGAUCACACGUGUGGGUUUAGUUCUGUCUCUGGUCUGUUUGUUUCUCUGUAUCCUGACGUUCAAGUUCUGCCGCUCCAUCCAAGGAACCCGGACCAGCAUUCAUCUUCAUCUGAGCAUCUGUCUCUUCAUCGCAGACCUCGUCUUCCUCUGCGGGAUCUCCAGCACUCAGAAUAAGGUAGCGUGUGGGAUUGUGGCCGGUCUGCUUCAUUUCUUCUUCUUGUCUGCGUUCUGCUGGAUGCUGCUGGAGGGGGUUCAGCUCUACCGGAUGGUUGUGCUGGUGUUUCACACCACAUUAAAACAUCUCUACAUGUAUCUGGUGGGAUACGGAGUCCCUCUCGUCAUCGUCACCAUCUCUGCCAUCGCCUUCUCAAAGGGAUACGGCACCGAUAGACACUGUUGGCUCUCUCUUGAUCGUUAUUUCAUAUGGAGCUUCUUUGCGCCAGUCUGCAUCAUCGUCGUCCUCAACAGCUUUGUCUUCGUCAUCACUGUGUGGAAACUGGCCGAAAAGUUCUCCAGCCUCAAUCCAGACCUCUCCAAACUCCGCAACAUCAGGGGGUUUACGGUGACCGCUGUGGCUCAGAUGUGUGUUCUUGGAGGGAUGUGGGUUUUCGGCUGCUUCCUCUUCCAGGAAAAAGGAACUCAGGUUGCGCUGUACCUCUUCACCAUCUUAAACAGCCUCCAGGGGGCGCUCAUCUUCAUCAUGCACUGCCUCCUGUCCAAACCGGUCAGAGACGAAUAUUGCAAGCUGAUUAGCAGGAUCUGCUCACUUAAGGACAAGAAAUAUUCAGAAUUCAGCACCAAUCAGUCCAGCAACAGUCAGCAACCUCUGCGGAGCAAUCAGUCCACUGGAGAGUCCAAGAUAUAAAGCGGCUGUCAGUCCUGGAGGACCCUUGUAGAUGUUUGACCUUUACAGACACAUGGUAGUCUCACAGAGCUUUAAUUCUGCAGCACAUGGGACUCCUUUCCACCGAGGGGAUCUGCAACUGCUUUCUUUCUCUGUUAGGCAAGAAUUUCAGGUCUUGACUCAUCACGUGACCUAGAUUCCUAACAUAUCAGCUAAAUAUGCAGGGCAGUUUUAUUUCUCUAAUGAACUUUGGAGACACUUCAGCUGUUCUGUAUCGUGCCUUUAGUGGAGAACGUCUUAUAUUACAAGCAAAAGGCAGCUUUUAUUUGCUUAUAUAUGAAAAUGUUGUGAAGAUGAUAUUUGAAGAACUCGCCUCCUAUAUGCCUUAUGAAAGAGGUUGUGUUCUCUGAAGCCUUAAUCGAUUACCAGUCACAAACCACCGCGUUUAUAUGAUCUGCACUUACAUGCCACUUUACGUCUUUAAGCUGUUGGGAAAUCUGACCUCUAUUUAUGUGAGAAACAGAUGAGAGGUACUUUAGAUUCAUAAAGCUAUUUAAACAGAGCUGGAGCUGCAUUGCACAGAGCAGGUGACAAAGACUCCUGUCCUCCUUCAAAUCAAAGUAAUACAGUUCCUGAUACUAUAAUAUUGUGGAGAGAUAAACACAUUGAGAUUCUUAUGAUGUGUCCAAGGAGUUUUCUCAGAUAGAUGCACAAUAAAAACACAAUAAAGUGAACAAUGGCUUAGCUAAACAGGCCAAUAAAAGAUGAUCAACUACUAUUAUUCCUUUUAAUUAUACAAACAUCAUAGACACAAGUUCAAGUGUUCGGUGAAUCCAAAAUAUUUCAGAAAUUGUUUGUGUCUUCGGAGAAGAUUCACACUUCUCUAAUUUUAAACAGUACAGAGAACUUUUUUGGUUAUCUGGAGAAAAAAAAGCUUUGAUGGCACGAAGAUGACGCAUGCGUUGACUGCCUGUGCUUGCACACAUUUUCUUUCUCAUCAAAACUAAAGCAUACUUUGGGCUUUAGUGUUUCCAUUUUGAAAACAAUGUGACUUUGUAAAAAAGCGAAAGUUUUAAACUCCUUGCUUCUGCAACACAGUUGUCUUUACUAGCUCUCUAUUAUAUGUAUAAUGAUAUUUGAUAACAAACAAAUGUUUUAUUUUACAUUUUCCACAAAAAAAAAAAAAAAAUCUGUUACUUUUGUAGUUGAAAUAAGGGUAAUUUUUAGCCCUGAUGUGGUACUGCGAUGUUUUUCAAAAGGAAUUAAAUAACUGCUAAGAGAA